AUGAUAUCAGAUGAGGACAUAUUAUUCCACUUAGAUGAACUUAUUGCAAAUGAAGAAUCAGAAGAUGAAUUUAUAGAUGAUAUAAAUUUUGAUAUUGAUCAUAAUGAUUAUAAUGAUGAUAUUGAGGUGACUGAGCUGGAGGUUACAGAUUUGCCGUCUCCUGAUCAUUCUCCAAUAGUCCGAAGUAAAAUAGCACCAGUUAGGCGAGUAAAAAAAGUACCAUUACAGACACCAAAUUUUAAAUGGAAAACUAAAGGAAACUUUAGGCCAAAAGAACAUUAUUUUGAUUCAUCCAAGUGUGGAGUUCAAACUCAUGAAUUUUGUUUGAAUAGCAACUCAAGUAAACUAGAGUUUUUUGAAGCAUUUGUUUCUGAAUUUUUACUUGGCAAAGUUGUAUUUGAGACUAAUAGGUAUGCUGAACAAUAUAUACAAUCUAAUGAAAUCUCACAUCAGUCUAGGGUGAAUGCUUGGAAGGAUACAAAUGUUGGUGAGAUGUAUACAUUUUUAGCAACUAUUAUAUUGAUGUCAAGAAAUAAAAAACUCGAUAUGAAAGACUACUGGUCUACUGACCCAUUACUGAGCUCACCAAUUUUCAGACAAAUAAUGUCUAGAAACAGAUACUUGUUACUACAUCAAAUGCUUCAUUUCUGUAACAAUGAGAAUCAAGAAAAAGGAAACCGUCUAUUCAAAUUAGAUGUUGUAUUAGAUGAAAUUCGCACAAUUUUUAAGGCUGGAAUGGUGCCUUUUCAAAAUAUAGUGAUUGAUGAAAGCUUAGUCCUCUGGAAAGGUAGACUAAGCUUUAAGCAAUUUAUAAAAACAAAGAGGCAUCGUUUUGGAAUAAAAUUAUUUGUCCUCUGUGAUGUUGAAACUGACUUCAUCCUUGAUUUCAUUAUAUGA